AAGUACUUAGUUAAUCUUGCCCGCUUCACAGCGGUAGUACAGAGAACGCACCAGGGAGUGAAACACCAAUUUUGCCGGCAGAAGAACACCAAAAGGUUACCUUUUAUGGUCCGAAAAAACAAACAUGUUGUUGAUAUUAUCCUGGCAACUAAUGACAAGGCGAAACCCUAAACGAUUGAGAUAUAGCCUUAAAACCGUUCAGGAAUAGGAGCAGUGGAGUAUCCGAGGCUCUGAAAUAUUUUCUGCGACUUGAGUCUUUGAAAAUAUAUAUAUAUAUUUUGUCACCUGAGAACAAUUAGUGCUUUAACGAAAGGCAGGGGACACGUCGUUCAACUUGUGCCGGUUGACAACGGGGGCAAUUUGGGAGGAUCUCGGGUUAAGCGGACACCCCAGCGGCCCGUGUCCAAAUCAGCGACAGAAGCCGGGGUGUCGGCUUGAGCGAGUGGUCGGGUGGAACGUCUCCAACGCUGAGGUAAUAGCGUCAGACGAACAGGAACUGCGUUGAGAUUUGACCAUUGGGAGCCGGGGACAGAGACCUCAUGAAUGGAAAUCGGAACUUCAGGAGAUGUUGGGGCCCAGGCCCUGUUCUCAGUUCCGCGGCGGCCUGGCUUUGGCACCAUGGGGAAGCCUAUCAAGCUUCUGGCCAAUUGCUUCCAGGUGGAUAUCCCCAAGAUGGACAUCUACCUCUAUGAAGUAGACAUCAAUCCCGAGAAGUGCCCGCGUCGCGUCAACAGGGAGGUGGUGGACUCCAUGGUGAAGCACUUCAAGGUGACCAUCUUUGGGGACCGAAGGCCAGUCUACGAUGGGAAGAGGAGCCUCUACACAGCCAACCCCCUACCGGUCGCCACAGCAGGGGUGGAUCUGGAUGUCACCCUGCCAGGGGAGGGGGGUAAGGAUCGCCCCUUCAAAGUGUCCAUCAGGUUUGUGUCGCUAGUCAGCUGGCACCUGCUGCACGAGGUCCUGACAGGGCGCACCAUGCCUGAGCCCUUGGAGCUGGACAAGCCCAUCAGCACCAACCCUGUCCACGCUGUGGACGUGGUGCUGCGACACCUGCCCUCCAUGAAGUAUACCCCAGUGGGGCGCUCAUUCUUCUCCUCCCCUGAGGGUUACGACCAUCCCCUGGGCGGGGGCAGGGAGGUGUGGUUCGGCUUCCACCAGUCGGUGCGGCCCGCCAUGUGGAAGAUGAUGCUUAACAUUGACGUAUCGGCCACGGCUUUCUACAAGGCCCAGCCGGUGAUCCAGUUCAUGUGUGAGGUCCUGGACAUCCAUAACAUAGACGAGCAGCCCCGGCCCCUCACCGACUCCCACAGGGUAAAGUUCACCAAAGAGAUCAAAGGUCUGAAGGUGGAAGUGACCCACUGCGGGACGAUGCGGAGGAAGUACAGAGUGUGUAACGUGACCCGCCGCCCUGCCAGCCACCAGACGUUCCCCCUGCAGCUGGAGAAUGGUCAGACAGUGGAGCGCACGGUGGCCCAGUACUUCAGAGAGAAGUACAGCUUGCAGCUGAAGUACCCCCACCUCCCCUGCCUCCAGGUGGGCCAGGAGCAGAAACACACCUACCUGCCCCUGGAGGUGUGCAACAUAGUAGCUGGCCAGCGCUGUAUUAAAAAACUCACUGAUAACCAGACGUCCACCAUGAUCAAAGCCACGGCCCGCUCUGCCCCAGACAGACAGGAGGAGAUCAGCAGGCUGGUGCGGAGUGCGAACUAUGAGGUGGACCCGUUCGUCCAGGAGUUCCAGUUCCGCGUGCGUGACGAGAUGGCGCAGGUGACGGGCCGUGUGCUGCCAGCCCCCGGGCUGCAGUACGGCGGCAGGGUGAGCUCGGAACACUUCAUGCCCCAGCAGGUGAACCCUGUGGUGUCUUUGCAGAACCGCACGGUGGCCACGCCCAGCCACGGCGUGUGGGACAUGAGGGGCAAACAGUUCCACACCGGGGUGGAGAUCAAGAUGUGGGCAAUCGCCUGCUUCGCCACGCAGAGGCAGUGUCGCGAGGAGAUCCUCAAGGGUUUCACUGACCAGCUGCGUAAGAUCUCUAAGGAUGCUGGGAUGCCCAUCCAGGGCCAGCCAUGUUUCUGUAAAUACGCCCAGGGAUCAGACAGCGUGGAGCCCAUGUUCAGGCACCUGAAGAACACCUACACUGGCCUGCAGCUCAUCAUCGUCAUCCUACCUGGGAAGACCCCUGUCUAUGCUGAGGUGAAGCGAGUUGGAGACACCCUCCUCGGCAUGGCCACUCAGUGUGUCCAGGUGAAGAACGUGGUGAAGACGUCCCCCCAGACCCUCUCCAACCUCUGCCUCAAGAUCAACGUCAAACUGGGGGGCAUCAACAACAUCCUGGUCCCACACCAACGUCCCUCAGUGUUCCAGCAGCCUGUUAUCUUCCUGGGGGCCGACGUCACUCACCCUCCAGCUGGAGACGGAAAGAAGCCAUCCAUCGCAGCGGUGGUGGGCAGUAUGGACGCCCACCCCAGCAGGUACUGUGCCACCGUGAGGGUCCAGAGACCCAGACAGGAGGUGAUCCAGGACCUGGCCUCCAUGGUGCGGGAACUCCUCAUCCAGUUUUACAAGUCCACCCGCUACAAACCCACCAGAAUAAUAUUUUACAGGGAUGGCGUGUCAGAGGGUCAGUUCAGACAGGUGCUGUACUAUGAGCUGCUGGCCAUCAGGGAAGCCUGUAUCAUGUUGGAGAAGGAGUACCAGCCGGGCAUCACCUACAUCGUGGUGCAGAAACGCCACCACACACGCCUCUUCUGUGCAGACCGCAAUGAGCGGGUUGGACGGAGUGGUAACAUUCCUGCAGGCACCACUGUGGACACAGAUAUCACUCACCCCUAUGAGUUUGACUUUUACCUCUGCAGCCACGCAGGAAUACAGGGUACAAGCAGACCUUCCCACUACCAUGUUCUGUGGGACGACAACUGCUUCACAGCUGACGAGUUCCAGCUGCUCACCUACCAGCUGUGCCACACCUACGUCCGCUGCACCCGCUCCGUCUCCAUCCCCGCGCCAGCCUACUAUGCCCACCUGGUGGCCUUCCGCGCCCGCUACCACCUGGUGGACAAAGAACAUGACAGUGCGGAGGGCAGCCACGUCUCGGGGCAGAGUAAUGGCCGAGACCCCACGGCCCUCGCCAAGGCUGUUCAGAUUCAUCACGACACACUGAGGACUAUGUAUUUCGCCUGAGCGGUAGAAUACCCCUCCCAACACCCCACCCUAUCAGCCUCUGUGUCCUAGUGGGGGUCAGCCAUCGCACAUCGGACUCUGGGCUGGCGCAGCUCUGGUCCUGAUGAGGGGAUAUCAAGCAGCUAAGGAUAACAACAACCAGAGGGGAGUACAGCAACGUUAUGCAAUAUGAAACCAGCCAAUCCUCUCCCAGCCUGUUCUCCUUUGCUGUGUUUUUAAUUAAUGGAUCGUCUCUGAUACUGCUCCUUGAGCUGUGCUCAACUUUUGCUUUGUCUUACUUUCAAAAUGCCAGAGUGUAGAAGACAAGACAGGGGAAUUGAUUGAAAGGAUGGUUUCAGGUGGUGGGUGGGGUUAUAGCAGGUCCAGUGAGGAUCAGUCUUGUUCUUCAACCCAGUGCUGAUAUGAUGACUUGCCUAUCCAUGUUCAAUUGUAUAAAUUGACCUCUUUUAAAUGUCUUCGUUAGCUUGUUGUCAUUAUAUGUGUGUCUUUGUAUGUUCUGUAGAAGUCUGAUUGCCAUGGCGAUGCCUGUUAGUCGAGAACGCUUGUGAAUCACAGCUAUGCCCUUUUUCAUAGAGCAAGCUGCUCGCCCAGUUACUCUGCUCUCUUUAAGCCAAUGGUGAUUUACUUGCAGUCAUUGCGCCUGUCAGAGUUUAACACGGCAAUCCUCUUUCAAUAUCAAAAGGCAUUUUAUUUUUUUUAUACAGGUAUUGUUUGUCGUACUUUUAGAAUAUCAACCCUGGCCACACCAUGGACCUACUCAGAACCUUUACAGAGUUCACUGUGGUAGCUAUAGAUUUCACUUUAUCUUUAUUUUUUUCCUCCUUCUGUGAUUUGAGAUGAAUCUUAUUUAUCAUUUUCAGCAAUAGAGCACUGUUCGUUUUGUUUGUGAAAUUUGAGCUAAGGAACUGAUGUCACACCUUUUAGUGCAAUAAGUUGUUAAUGCAUGAAAAGGGGUUCUAUGGUUAACAUACCGAUUUUGAUGUUUUUGGGCCAUUAUGAUCGGAUAUGGGCAGGUGAUAACGGAUAAAGAAUGUAAACUGGGGCAAGGACUGAUGCCACAAAAUGGUUAGGUUGUGGGUUAUGUGGGGGUGACAUGACACAAUACGUGUUUUUUUAGUAAAUGGGGUGAAUUAUGUGCCCGUUUUAGGUGGAAAGAAGAAUUUGAAAGACCAAGGAUGUAUCUAUUUUAGUUGGAGCUCCUCUGAGAUCAGUUAAUUAGUUUAGUUAUACAGUCAAAUAAUCUCAUCCAGGCAUUACUGUAAGCAUGAUAUGUUGUCUAGGAAUGUCUGGGGUUAGAGAGCACAGCGUGUAUGGCUGCAUGGAUUCAGUUUCAUGAUUUCAUUUUUAAUGUGAAUUAUUUUUUAAUAUGUAGACUGAUCAAUUGAAGGUGGGGACAGUUAGCUAACAGAUCUGUAUCGUUCAUUUUAACCCUCUAGUGGUAGGACUCAUUUUGCACUGUUCAAAGUAAGCCUUCAAAUUUGAGUUUUAUCAAGCCGUUUUGUCACAUUUUGAAGGGCAUUGUCUCUCUCCCUUUGCCUUGCUGUGCAGUAUCCUCCAGGUGAGGCCUUUGGUUUGGUCAAACUGGAACGAGACGAAACUCAAUGUGCCUCGUGGGAUUGUGAGGGGGAGGACUGGGGUCAUCUGCAUGGGGCUUGAAGCAUGGGUGGUAUGAGCCUUGUCCGACUGGGGGACAGCUGAUCCCUGCUCUCACUGCAAAAGAAGCGGCAGUGUUGUAGCAUGGCCAGCACUCUGCCACACUCAUUGUCCUAUAGCUACGUGUUACCAGAAACCAAACUAGCUGCUAUACCACAUGUUAUUUUGUUCAUAUAUAUUCGUACAAAGAGAGACUAUAAAAAUAUGACAAUGUACUGCACUUAAAGAUGCAUGUGUUUCAGGUGAGACACAUACCCUGGUGCUGAGAGGUGCAGUAUGGGGGGGGGUAGUAGAACCCCCUCUUGUAUUCAGACAUUAUGAGCUUCAUUGGUGUUUUAAAGGAUCAGGAGUAACAGUAGAGAGGACUUUCCACUUAUGAUACAGGGGACAUGCUUUAAUUCCCAGAGGGUGUGAUAUUUUAGUCAUCAGUACCCCGGGGGCCAAACUGUAUGUGUGAAUUAAGUCCCAGCAAAAUGUACACUUUCCUGCAAGAUGUCAGACAUAACCAGCAUUUGAUUUUACUUAAAGAACAGUGUAGGUAUGAUCUCAUCAACUGUAACUGUGGGCUAAUGUGUAGCUGCCCUGCUUGUGUGAUUUAUUAUUAUUCUUUUUUUUUUUAAAGCAGUACAACAUGAAGGAAUUAUCUCUCUAAGAUGCCACGGAAUUGACCUCUAGUGCCCAGUGGGCGGGGUUUUGCAUCUAGGGGGGGGGGGGGGAACUGCUGCUGUUUGUGGGAGGUGGGAAUUUACCAGUUGUGAAGUCGUAAAUACUAGUGGGAUGCAUUCACGUGCUUUGAACUCAUUGAGAAAUGCCGAUUGGCUAAUGGCUAACAAGCUGCGUAAACCAUAAAUGAAAAGUACAGCUCUCAUGCUUGCAAACAAAUUAGUGUUCAAAAACCAUAUUAAUAGAUUGCUAUUUAAAAAUGUUUUGUUGCAUUUAACUUCUGAAAAUGCUGUUAUCGAGGUAAUUUCCUUAGUAGGUGACAGAGGUCACCAUGUGGGAGCACAGGAUGGACAAAUUUCCCACUAGUAAUGAGCAGUUGGAGGGCCAUUCAAGUGGAUUUUCCCAGUUGUAUGUGGUAAAUUCCCACUUGGUUUACGAAUGACGCAUUAUUCUGAGGCUGGGGGAUAGUACAGGGGAGACACAUGGCAGCCUACAGUGCAUUCGGAAAGUAUUCAGACCUCUUUUCUACAUUUUGUUACAGCCUUAUUCUAAAAUGGAUUUUCUCCUCAUGAAUCUACAAACACUACCCCAUAAUGACAAAACAAAAACAGUUUUUUUGCACAAAAAUUAUACUUUAUUUACAUAAGUAUUCAAACCCUUAGCUAUGAGACUUGAAAUUGAGCUGUGGUAAAUUCAAUUGAUUGGAUAUGAUUUGGAAAGGCACAGACCUGUCUAUAUAAGGUCCCACAGUUGACAGUGCAUGUCAGAGCAAAAUCCAAGUGAUGAAAGUUGAAGGAAAUGUCUGAGCUCCAUGACAGGAUUGUGUCAGCACAGAUCUGGGGAAAGGUACCAAAAAAUGUCUGCAGCAUUGAAGG